GAGAACUUUCUGCUUUGAAAGCCACAUGUGAAGACGACUUCCAGGGUGGCUGCAGGAUCAGAGCCCCUCUUCCUGCCUCUUCACACCUGCUGGCUCUGGGUAGGGGGCUUUUCCCUCUGCCUUGUGAAAGAAGGGUUUGGCAAUGUCGCUCCUUAGGAAAUCACGCAGCGUCGUUCUAUCUCCUCAGUGGCGAUUGUCCAUGCUUAUCAAAGGGCUACGUACGUCCAAGCUGGCCAGCGUCUUUUAGGUUCGGGAAGGGGAAAAAGAUCAUGUGCCUCUUCCUCCCUUCACCCUGUCCAGCAUUAAAUGUAUGGAUAUUAAAUUAGUAAACGCCGUAAUUUUGUGACAUCCCCAGCACCGGUUAGGCCAGCCUGCUAGCACUAGUGGAGCAGAUGAUAAUUGAGUUUUGCUGCCCAGAAAUCACUGUUGCAUGCGCAGUACAGAAACUGCUGUUUUUAGUUUUAGUUUAGAUGGCUUGCAAGCCCCCUUGAGAAAACUUUAUUUUAAAAAAUGGUACCAUAUAUAUUUGCAAAUAAGUGGAAAAUUUUAGGUGCCCAGAUACACCCCCAAAAUUGGGUUUGGGUUAUCCACAAGUAGAUACGGUAAAAUUUUUCUAAAGUACCUGUACAUCCCAUAUGUGCUUGUGGAUGAGCCAAUCCACAGAUAACCUGAUCCUCAGAUUUUUAACCAAAGUACCGUACCAUGAAAAAUUGAUAAUCCAUGGAUUACCCACAGAUAAGCCAACUGUGAAAAUUAAAACAUGAAAAUUUCAAGGGCCAGUUUAUCUGCAGGUGGCACAUUUUUUGCUCUAUUUUGGUUUAAAAUUUGAGUGUCGGUUUAGGCACUGUUGGAUUUAUCUGUAUGUAUAUACGCUAUAUGCAUUUUUUAAAAAUUAUUUUGAAAAAAUGGGAGUACCUCCUUCUCAAAAGACAUUGAAAGCUACCCGGUAUGAUUGUUGCACUGAAUUCCCCCCACACACAAAUUUCCCAACGUAGUUGCAAGAAAUUGUGUCUGAAACAGGCUGCUUCCAGAUGGGUGACUCCUAAGUUACCAAAUCUCUGCUUUUUCACUGUAAGCUACUAGCAGGACUGCAGUUAAUGUUCCAUGAUGGGGAAGGGGAGAACCUUCAGCCUUUUGGGGCCAGUGGGGAGCAUCUUAAGUACUUCCACAAAACAGCCAUUUUACAGAAGGCAAAGUGGAGACGUUGAAGACCAAGCAAUUUUCCAAGGGAAUUCCAAUACUUCUAUCGCUGGAGAGGAGCGUCCGACUUCCCAAGGGAGUGUAAGAGGAAGCCAAAGGGAGCCACAAUGCCCAGGGCUGCUGUGAGGAUUCUGACCUGCUCUGAACACCAAGGGGCCAAGAUCCAGUGUGUCCAGGGGGUGGAGGGGAUUCAAGAUGUUGCGGCCCCCAUUGUGAGGUGGAGGCUGCCCUGGAGACCCCAGGACCUUUUCUGCAGGGGGCUCUCAGGAGAUCUUGAGGGGGCAGGGGGAGGUGGGUCGGAGGGCCCUCUGGGGCAACUGGAAACCAGCAGGGGCCUAGAGAGAGGGGGAGCCUCCUGGGACGCGGCGCUUCAGGCUCAGGGCCAUCAUGGAUCCACCAGGCUUUGCAGAAGACGGGGAAAAAGAUGGAGAGCCAGAGACGGCGGUGUCUCUCAAAGCUUGUUUUAGCCAAGGUGGGUCUGCGGUUGCUGAUCUUAGCUCUGGUGGCAAGAAGCGACCAGCUGAAACCGCCAGGAGGAUCCCGUGGACUCGCCUCCGUGCCGUUACAAUACCGUUCUCCCUGAGGCCAACCUCAAGCUUCCCAACAGCAGGGGCAGAAGGGAAUCGGGCUGAACAGAACAGAAACCUCUGGACAGGGUAGAACGACUGGAAGCACUUCCUUUUAUCCCCGCCUUUCAGGCUUUUCCUUCAGCUCCCCAGUACCCUCCAGGCCUAUAGGAAGGAGCCCUAACAGUGGGGAAUCCUGCUGAAUUUCUUAUAAAUGGGGAAGAAUGAGAGCAACAGGUUCAGAGCACCGUUUUUUUCACAGGGCCCUCUCCCCACCCAUGGGCCCUUGGGAGAAAAAGCCAGUUUGAGGAAACUGGCACUCAGCUAAAAGAACUUCUUGCCAUUUUUCUCCCUCCCACUCGAAGCUCUGAUCUGCCAGAACGGCCUAGGAGGUUCUGACUUCCCUCCGCUUCCCCCCCAGGUCUGAAGCAUCUGCAUCACAUGCAAGAACUCUGCGAUGCCACCUUGAUCGCUGGAGGGAAGCGGUUCCCUUGCAACAGAGCGCUCUUGGCCUCCGUCAGCCCCUACUUCCAGGCAGUGUUCACAAGUGGCUUCAAGGAGUCCCGGGAUGGGGAAGUUCUCCUGAAAGACAUGGACCCCUCCGUCCUCCAGAAUCUGUUAACCUACCUCUACUCGGGGGAGCUGGCUUUCGGUUCCGGAAGCGCCGAAGACCUGUUCAUCGUGGCCAGCCGGCUCCAGCUCACCCCGGCACUGCCCCUCAUCAGCAGAUACCUCAUGGAGAGGAUUUCCCCAGAGAACUGCGUUCGCCUUUACACGCUGGGCCAUGAUCACAACCACCCCAUCUUGCUGCAUGGUGCGCUACGCUAUCUGGGCCUUCACUUUGACCUCCUCUUUGAACACAAGGACUUCCUGCACCUUGACCUCGGGGCUCUGAUCUGCAUCCUCUCCUCAGACCAUCUGGCAGUGACCUCAGAAAUGGAGGUGUUCCAGGCUGCGCAACGCUGGGUGCGGGCUGAGCCCACUGCGCGCCUCCCAGUGCUCAAGAUGCUGCUAAGGUGCAUACGCUUCCCACUCCUGACACAGGUGGAAGUUGCCCAGCUACAGGCAGAGGCAGAGAUGCUGGAUCAGCAGCUGGAGUUGCAGUGGCAGAACCUGGAUGGAGCAGGGAGGCUUCAGGUGAGCGGGGGACUCCGCCAGGGCAUGUACCAGGAAAAGAUCAUCUGCAUCAAAGUGCCCCGUCUGAGAGACAUCCUCUCUGUCAGCGAAGACAUGGACUGCUACAUGGAGUGCCUGAAUCCUGCCACCGGAUCAAGGACAAAGCUGCCGCCCUUAGAACUGGUGGCCCUCCCUGGCUGCUCAGUGCUGGAGCACAGGCUCUACAUCUCAGGAGGGAAGCACCCCGAUGGCUCGUACUCCCGUGCGCUACACGAGUACAACUCUCUAGCUGACCGCUGGAUCCAGCUCCCUGCCAUGUCAACUCCCCGGUCUGUCCACAUGUUCUUAACUUGCAAGCAGAAGCUUUUUGCCCUGAGUGGCUGGAACGAUGCGGGGCCCCUUGCAUCUGCUGAGAGCUUCGAUGUGGCUCAGAAGGUGUGGUCCCCCAUUGCCAGCCUGCCCAUCAUCCUGCGCUUUUCUGCCUCUGCGCCAUACAAAAACAAGCUCUAUUUAAUAGGUGGAGAUGCUGACUCCGACGAGGUGGUUUACAAGGGCAUCCUUAUCUACGACACCCACCUGGAUACCUGGACCCAGGUGCCGCUUGAAUUUAGUCUCCACGGGGCAGCUGCUGUCCCCAUGGAGGCUGGGAUCUGUGUCAUCGGAGGGUUCUUUUCAAGGAAGGUCACCCAACUGUACGCAAACCGGAGGUUCAGCCAACUUCUUCCAUGCACCUCGAAAUGUUUCUUCAUGCGGGAAGCUGGCAUCAUCAGCACAGAGGUCACCGUCCCUCCCCUGCCGUUGCCUCUUGCCUUUGCUGGUGCCACUUCCUUGCGAGGGAAGAUUUACGUGAUUGGAGGCGUAUGUACCUCCAGAACGCAUGAUGCCAUCUACCACUGGGGACCUGGAGAAGCUGCCUGGACUCAGUACCCAGAGAACCUCACAGGUCAAGGAACAAUUGUGCGCAGAGUGCUCAAAUGCGUGACCCUGAAGGUGGCAGAACCAAAGCUGAGCACCCUCAUGCAAGACACCUCAGCAAGCCCGGUGGCUGUUGGGCUCGCAGACCCCAAGCUCUCCUUGGAGAAGAACAAGAAGGACCAUCAUCCUCAUUCUCCUGACCUGGCACCGUUGGGAUCCUUGAGUGGUGGGAAGUUGUAGAAGCUGAAGACCGCCCUUCCCAGGGAAGAGAUACUCUCAGAUGAAUUCCUCUCGUAUUUAACUCAUUAAAAGUCCAUGUGGCCUCUCCAACCCCCUUCCUUCAGUUUCCUGCCAUAAGAAGGAAUGUCCAAGGCCAACAGGAGAGCUUUCUGCAUAAGUUUGGGGCUUCCCACACACCUUUUCCUGUGAGGGUGAGGACAGCCUUUGCAGAAACUGGCUCUGCUCAGGAGGAGGGACCACACUGGGAACCUAGAAUGUCUUUAUAUUCCAAGUGCAGAUGUGAUCACAAAGACACUCUCUGAAAACCACACAAACCUUUAUGAUAAAAGCAACACCUGGUGCGUGGAGCAGAAGAACCAGCAGCAGCUCCAGGGACAGAGCUCAGAGGUCAAUCCCAGCUUGGCUAUAGUUUGUUGCAUGCUUUGGAAGAAGGAAGAAUCUGGGUUGCUAUAUGGGGGAGGUGUCAACUAAAUCUUGAUUGCUCAAGUGGAGAGCAGAGGCACUGGAAUGGAAGUGAGGACUCCUCAAUCAUUCAUGGCCAUUAAAUAUUUAUCCCCUUCA